AUGUACGGAGUAUGUACCUCGUCCCAUGUAUCCGAUACCGUGCACCCUGCAGGCCAGCUCGUACUCCGUACUCCGCCGGCCGUCGUGGCCCCUCCGCCAACAUGCAUCCGGCCAGGUCCAUCUAGGUACAUACACUGGUGGGACCGCCUUGAGCUGGCACGCAGCGGCGGUACCGGUACCCCCAUCGCACUCUUGGGCAGGUCUUUGCGCGAGGGGUCCGCCCAGGUACCGGUUCCCCUUCGGAUUCCGUUUUCUGGGUACUUCGUACCUGUUAGACCAAGUUUAAGUUCCCUCCAAGUUAAGUUCCCUUCUGUGCUGUCUGUGCCCGCAAAACACCGGACGACGAUCCUUCAAGCCCGCCUCCUCCUCCUCCAACGGCCGCCAAUUGGCUGCCCCAUUGGCUGUCGCGAGCAGUGGCAGGACCCGGUGGCUGCCAUUGUGGCAUUUUCUAGCAUUUCGCAAUCCUUAUGCAGACUUGGUACCUUGCUUGUUGCGCCGAGCACAUUCCUAGCAGGUGGUAGCCACGGCGGCGCCCCUUAUCGCAACCGUCUCAGUGCUGUGACCCCUGUGAGUCGGUACAUUUUCAAGCUUACAAGCAUCAACGCACAAAAAAUCAAAAAAUUUAAUUCAAAAUUCACUGUAAAGAUUAAAAAAGGUAAAACGGAAGAUGAGCUCACUAUCAGGGGGUUACGGGAGAAGGACAAGAUGAAAAACUUUUCUCAGUCAUGCUUAACCAUGACAGCCAGCCCAUAG